ACUUCCCUCACCCUCUCCAGACCUCUGUUCUCCUCUUGCUGUCAUCGUACCCCCUUCAGUACCCCCUCGCUGAAUGGCUACUCUUUGCCUUCGAACAGCAGGCACGUCACCUCUUGAAUGCUUUUCCCCGACCCCCGCCCCAAGCAACUGAAAAAGGAAACAUGCGCACUUCAGAGCUUGGAGCUGUCCGAGUGCUGAAAUUUAUAGGCUGGGUAAGAUCACGUCUCCGUCUCUUUCUAUAGCCCUCAUUCCAGCACAGGAUCUCAGCAAUUUUUCUCUCUUUCCCCCACCCACUCCAGCGCGCAGAGUCCUUUCAUCUCUCUCAUUUGCAACUUCUUUUUAAUAGGAAACAUUUUCUAGAAAAAGGGCUUUGCUAAACAGAAAAGAUAUAAAACAAAAGCCACAGCUAUCUAGCAUGGCAUUAUCACCAACUCCCUUUGCAUGGUGAUGCGAUUAAGGUAGAAGCAUUUUUAUUAUUCAGGAAAAGGAGCUGGGGGAUUCAUCGGUUCUGAGGCUUUGUCUUUCUGGGUUAGCUGAUGGUCCCAAGCCUCGGUUUGACCUGACCAUGAUGCCCAGGACUGGCACUUUUUCUUUUUUCUCAGCAAACUGUACAAAACCAAAUCUCUUUUUGAUUUUCAAGGAAACUAGGUUCCUGCCAAAUUUUGAAUCUGGACAGUAAAGAGAUACUUUGUCCUAGCAUCUUUCUGGAAUCAUUUCGGGAUAUUUUCCACAAGCAACACAGAAACAGGAAUGAACCGGCAGCUAGUGAACAUUUUGACAGUCUUGUUUGCAUUUUUCUUAGAGACAAACCACUUCAGGACGGCUUUCUGCAAAGAUCAUGACUCCAGGUCUGGAAAACAACCUUCACAGACCCUAUCUCCUUCAGAUUUCUUGGACAAGUUAAUGGGAAGGACAUCAGGAUAUGAUGCAAGAAUCAGGCCAAAUUUUAAAGGUCCUCCAGUAAACGUUACUUGCAAUAUUUUUAUCAACAGUUUUGGAUCAGUCACAGAAACGACCAUGGACUACCGAGUGAAUAUCUUUCUGAGACAACAGUGGAAUGAUUCACGGCUGGCGUACAGUGAGUACCCAGAUGACUCCCUGGACUUGGACCCAUCUAUGCUAGACUCCAUUUGGAAACCAGAUUUGUUCUUUGCUAAUGAGAAGGGUGCCAACUUCCAUGAUGUCACCACUGACAACAAAUUGCUACGGAUUUCGAAAAAUGGCAAAGUGCUCUACAGUAUCAGACUCACCUUGACCCUAUCCUGUCCCAUGGACUUGAAGAACUUUCCGAUGGAUGUCCAGACCUGUACAAUGCAGCUGGAGAGUUUUGGGUACACGAUGAAUGACCUGAUAUUUGAGUGGUUAAGCGAUGGUCCAGUGCAAGUUGCUGAAGGAUUGACCCUGCCCCAGUUUAUUUUGAAAGAAGAGAAGGAACUUGGCUACUGCACAAAGCACUACAACACUGGAAAGUUUACCUGCAUUGAGGUCAAGUUUCAUCUGGAACGCCAAAUGGGAUAUUAUUUGAUCCAGAUGUAUAUCCCAAGCCUGCUUAUAGUAAUUUUGUCCUGGGUUUCCUUUUGGAUAAACAUGGACGCAGCCCCUGCCAGGGUCGCACUGGGCAUCACCACCGUCUUAACGAUGACCACCCAGAGUUCAGGCUCCAGGGCAUCUCUGCCAAAGGUCUCCUAUGUAAAAGCGAUUGACAUCUGGAUGGCGGUGUGCCUUCUGUUUGUGUUUGCUGCCUUACUGGAAUACGCAGCGGUGAACUUUGUCUCCAGGCAACACAAGGAGUUCCUGCGCCUCCGAAGAAGACAGAAGAGGCAGAAUAAGGAAGAAGACGUUACUCGUGAAAGUCGUUUUAAUUUUAGUGGUUAUGGAAUGGGUCACUGCCUCCAAGUGAAAGAUGGAACAGCUGUCAAGGCCACACCUGCCAACCCGCUUCCACAACCCCCAAAAGAUGCAGAUGCCAUCAAGAAGAAGUUUGUGGACCGGGCAAAAAGGAUUGACACGAUAUCUCGAGCUGCCUUCCCUUUGGCCUUCCUCAUUUUCAACAUCUUUUACUGGAUCACAUACAAAAUCAUUCGGCAUGAAGAUGUCCACAAGAAAUAGAUGUGCCCUACAGACCCUGGGACCUUAUUGCCUCCGUGUUGUGCUUGUAAAUACACAGUGAAAUUGUCUUUAUAACACUUUGACAGAGGAGAAGAUUGAGGGAGGGGGAGGGAGGGUCAUGGGGAUGGGUUUCCUGGCACCUACAAGAAAAAAAGACAAGUUACAUGGGUGAUGAAGAAAACUGUACAAAAUUGAGGGGUUGCAGAAUCACGGGAACAUAAUUUCCUUCCAUAGUCUUUAGCAUUGUUCUUUCAGUCAGACAUGAUAUGUGCAUCAAUAAGACACGAUAUGCGGGGUCAAGUUCUCAAGGGCUGUUUGCCUUUUGGUCCUUUUGGUUUGGUUUGGCUUUGACUAAUUCUGGUACUGAAAAGUUAGUUAUACACACACACACACACACACACACACACACACACACACACACAAACACACACUUCAAAAAUGCUUAACCAUCUGACCAUAGUGACUAGCCUAUAGUGAGUCGAGGACCAAACUUUUUCAGGAAAAUGCUGCCUCGUUUUUAAAACAAGCCUCCUAAGCUAUGUUCUUUACAACGUCUGUAAUUAGUGUUUCACUUGAGAAAUCCUUUUGUGGGUCGUAAAUUAUUUCUAUUUAUCCAGUAAAUAACAAUGACAAAAUAAACACCAAUGACAGAAAAAUUUCUACUUUACUGUCCAUAUAGGUGUGCGUUUUAAAUAUUUUUCUUUCCAAGUUAAAAUUUUGAAAGUUCAAUUGUGUAUUGUGUAACUAAUUUGAUAGUGUACCCUCUUAAUAAAUGCCCACUUUAUUUUAUAUCCAAGUUAGUGCACUAUAUAUAUAUUUUUGCUUUGGCUCUAUUUACAUGUGACUUUAAUUGCCCAACUGUGACUAGCCAUUGCAGCUACUCAGCUACUGUAUUUAUGGAGAUGGUGUGUCCUGAACAGUGUAGCUCAGGUCAGCUUGAACUUUCCAUUUCUGCUCUCAUUGUAGGUGUAACUACUAGUCCUAAUGUCAACUGAUCCAUGAUUUCUACUGUCAAUAUAAGUGAACAUUGUUUUAAAUAUCCUUAACUAACUUACUUAAAGAAUUUUAAAAUUGUACUGUGAUUUUCAUAACCCGUUGCCUUUUUGGUACCAGAGCUACGUGGUUUGAAUUCUGGCUACAUGUUUUAAGUAAGAAAAAAAAAAGACGUAUUUUUGCUUACUCAGAUAAAACCUGUAAAAAUAUAAGGAAAUAAUUAAAUUUUACAUGUGCUGUACAAGGGGUUAUUUUAAAAAGCAUUUGUUCAAUUUCAAUAAAGCUAAGUGUGCCACAAA